AUGUUUAAAGCAAUGAAAGAAUCAAUUCGUGCGAGUAAUAGUCCUAGUAAUACACAUGGAUUCCGAACGAAUACAGUGUUAGAUAUUUAUGUGAGUGUGGAGUGUUCAUUGAAGGAAUUGUACACGGGAUGUAUCAAGAGAAAAACAUUUAUUCGGAGGACGUUUAUCAAUCAUCAGAGUUUGGGAAUGGUGGUGGAGAAGGUGGUGGAGAUUCCGAGAGGAACCAAACAUCAUGCUAGGGUUGUUUUUAAAGGAGAGGGAGAGUUUGAUGAUCGUUUGAAUGAAAGUGGAGAUUUGAUUUUUGUGGUUGAGCAGAAAAAGAGUCCUCAUGAUGUAUUGGAGAGAGUUGGGUUUGAUCAAGAACAUUUGAAAAUGGUUUAUCGAAUGAGUUUGAAAGAUGCUCUCACAUUGGAGGAGGUCAAUAUUGUUGUGGAUAUAUUCGGAUUAAAGAAAUUGAAUGUUAAAGUGGACAAUAGACAUAAUGUCAUCUCACCACAAUAUUAUCAUGUAAUUCAUAACGAAGGAAUGCCCAUGGAUGAUGGUACUUUUGGAGAUUUAGUCAUUUCUUUUAAAAUUGAAUUUCCAAAACUAUCAACUGAACAAGUGCAAGAAGUGAUAUCAAUUUUAUCAAAUGAUCACCCUGAAGACAAAAUUUCAAGAAAAUCUACUGACAACGACACGUUCUCAAACAAACCAAAGAAAUCGUGGGGACAAUAUUUGUUCAGUAAGAAUUUAUCGAGAGCUCAACAAUACUUUUCACUCUUCAGUCAUGAUCAUAAGAGUAAUGAUGAGAAAUAA